ACGCUCACCGGUUCCAACUUCCACGUUGGACAUGGUCACACACAGUUAGCAAAAUGGCCACGAAAGAGAGCAAUCUUCCUGCUCUUUAUUCGGAAUUAAAUAAAUUGGGUCAGAAUGGAGAAUACGAGAGGGCUAUAAAAGUUGCGAAUAGAAUUUUAGGUAUUUCUCAAGAUGAGGAAGCUGCAUUUCACUGUAAAAUUAUUUGCUAUAUUCAGUUGUCCAAAUUCAAUGAUGCUCUCCAGUUUAUUACUAAGAAUCCCAAAGUGUCAGGUAACUUAGAUUUUGAAAAAGCAUACUGUUUGUACCGACUGAAUCAAGUGCCAGAAGCUUUGAAGGUGGUAGAAAAUGUUUCAAACCCUUCAUUGAAGCUUAAAGAACUCAAAGCUCAAAUACUGUACCGCCUUGAGAAGUAUGAAGAAUGUUUUUCUGUAUACAGAGAUAUCAUAAAAAAUUCUCAUGAUGAGUAUGAAGAUGAAAGAGAAGCAAAUCUUGCAGCAGUCAUUGUAAAUUUAGCAAUUGAGGGUUCUAAUUUAGAAGUUCCUGUGUUGCGUGAAGAUACAUAUGAGUUAACAUACAAUGCAGCAUGCCGUUUAAUAGCACAAGGUAACAAAGGAGAUAAGGCUACCUUGGUUGAAGCAGAAAAAAAGCUUAGGGUAGCCGAGAAAAUGUGCAAAGAAGGUUUGGAAGAGGAUGGAGUUGCAGAGGAAGAAAUAGAAGAUGAAUUAGGGAUUAUCAGAGUUCAGCUUGGAUGCUGUUUACAACUGCAAGGCCGUGAGAAAGAAGCCCAAGCAUUGUAUACUUCUGCAUUAAAAGCAAAACCAGAUGAUAUAGCUCUAGUAGCAGUUGCAAGCAAUAACCUUGUGUGCCUGAAUAAAGAUCAGAAUGUAUUUGAUAGUAAGAAAAGGAUGAAGAGUGCUACUCAUGAUAGCUUAGAACAUAAGUUAACUUUCAGACAAAGAAGGAACAUUGCAUACAAUCAGUGUCUAUUAGCUUUAUAUACUGAUCAGGCUGAACAAUGUCAACAACUUUGCAAUAAACUUGCCAAGGAUCAUCCUGCACUAGCUGCAGAUGCAAUGUUUGUAAAAGGAGUGCAACUUGCUAAAGAGGGUAAAGCAAAAGAAGCAGUGAAAUUAUUAGCGCCAUAUGCCGUUGGAGAAAAAGAGCUACAGAUGAAACUAGUCUGCGUGCAACUAUUGUUAAGUCAGGAUGAAAGGGAAGAGGCGAUUAGCAUUCUCGAAAAUUUGAACGAAAGAGACAGAUCAUUACCUGGUAUAGUCAGUGCACUCGUAACUCUUCACAUGGCUAACAAUAAUCGUGAGAAAGCGUCAGCUGCACUUAAGAGUGCAGUAAAUUACUACAAAAAGAAUAAAGAAACUACUGCUAAUUUGGGAGAGUUGUGGCGGCAGGCCGCCGAUUUCUACCUACGCGCAGGAGAACUUAAGGUGGCAGCUGACAUUUUACAAGAAAUGGUAGAUGCAUCGCCUUCCGAUACCAAAACAUUAGCACAGCUAGUAGUAGCAUACGUGCAAUUUUCUCCUGAAAAAGCACAACUCCUAUCUAAGCGUCUACCACCCCUCCACGAUCUCUCCGAAACAACCGAUGUCGAUGCUUUAGAGAACAGUAAUUGGAUAAUUGGAACCAAAGUGAUUAAGAAGAAGAUAGAACCAUCUCCUGGCAAACCUACUAUUGACAUAACCCAGAAGAAACGCAAGAAGCGUAAACGCAAAGGAAAGUUGCCUAAAAAUUAUGAUCCAAAUAUUCCACCUGAUCCUGAACGAUGGUUACCUAGACAUGAGCGUAGCGGAUUCAGGAAAAAACGGGAUAGACGGAAUCGUGAUGUCGCUAUGAAGGGCACCCAGGGUGCUGCAGCAGGGGCUAGCGAUCUUUAUGACAUCACUAAAAUGCCUACGAACACUAAACCUUCUCCUAAUCCGCGACAUAGUCCGGCGGUGGAAACCUCUGGACCUCGACAACAACAACGCAAAGUUCAACAGAAGAAGAAAAAGAAAGGAGGAAAGUGGUAAUGGAAUCACGUUGCAUUUCGUUGAAUUAUUAUUUAUGAAAUAUAGUAUAGUUCAUAGUGCUAUAUCGAUCGAUAAUCAUGAGAUAUGAAGUUUAAAGGAUCAGGGAACUUUUCCAGUUAUACAUAAUACUUUUUACCAUUGUACAUGUGCAUAUGUAAUGUACACGAUACUGCCAUUUUUAAAGAAACAUAAUAUACAUCAGUUUGUGCAAUUAGAUAUAAAGUUUAAGUUUCCGAAUUUAUUAUUAGAUUAAGAUAUAACUGGAUUUCAAGAGUAAUGAAAAUAUAUGAAGGAAAAUAUGGUACAUAAAAUAUUUUUUAUUCUUCGUUUUUUCUUUUUUUUUUCAAAUUCAUUUGUCAGUUUUUGACAAAAUUCAUUAAUAUAAUAUACAAUAUAGGUAACAUGUUUUCUUGUGUACAUUGACUAGGAUUUGGCGCUACAUACUUUUAUUCCUCUGUUGGUAACAAUUGUAUAUAAAAAUACAAUCUGUCUUAAGCUU